AUGGCCCGAGCACCCACCCUGGUCCUGCUGCUGCUGGGGCGGCUCCUGGCGGCCACCACGGCCCAGGUGAGUGCGGCCCAGGUGAGCGCGGCCCAGGUGAGCGUGGCCCUGGAGCGCAGGUCCCAUCUGGCAAAGGGCGGGCACACGGGGUUGGGACCAGGGACCUGCGUGGUGCCGCACAGCCCAAGCGGCCAGAGCUGCCCUUGCUCCUUCCCACUACCUGGAACCAGCCCCGGCCGGGGCUGCCCACCGCCCUGGACUGUCCCUGCUCGUGUCCCCACUGCCCCGAUCCCCCGGGACACUGGGAGCAGGCUCAUCACGGUCCACCGGACGGGCGUGGGGAUGAGCCAGGCUGCCCACCUGCCCCUGCCCCGCUGGAAAAUGGGACCUCGAGGCCCCCCUGGCCCCCAAGGGCCCCCUGGGAAGCCCGGCAGGGACGGCAUCGACGGAGAAGCUGGCCCUCCAGGCCUACCCGGGUCCCCGGGGCCAAAGGGGACUCCAGGAAAACCAGGAAGACCAGGAGAGGCGGGCCUGCCCGGCCUGCCCGGCGUGGAUGGUCUGACAGGGAGAGAUGGACCCCCUGGACCCAAAGGUGCUCCUGGAGAGCGGGGCAGUCUGGGACCCCCAGGACCACCUGGGCUGGGGGGCAAAGGCCUUCCAGGACCCCCCGGAGAGGCGGGCGUGAGCGGCCUUCCCGGUGGGAUUGGCCUGCGAGGCCCCCCGGGACCCUCUGGACCCCCAGGCCUGCCCGGACCCCCAGGCCCUCCCGGACUUCCCGGCCACCCUGGGGUCCUCCCGGAAGGCGCCGGUGACUUGCAGUGCCCUGCCAUCUGCCCACCCGGCCCGCCUGGGCCCCCAGGAAUGCCGGGGUUCAAGGGGCUGACAGGCUACAAAGGAGACCAGGGAGAAGUGGGCAAAGACGGAGAGAAGGGUGACCCAGGGCCCCCCGGACCUGCUGGCAUCCCAGGCACCGUGGGGCUACAGGGACCCCGAGGAUCGCGAGGACUGCCCGGGCCUCUCGGGCCCCCUGGUGACCGGGGUCCCAUUGGGUUCCGAGGGCCCCCCGGGGUCCCAGGAGCACCUGGGAAAGUGGGUGACAGAGGUGAGCGAGGCCCAGAAGGUUUCCGUGGCCCCAAGGGUGACCUUGGCAGACCUGGUCCCAAAGGACUCCCCGGCGUGGCGGGGCCGGGCGGAGAGCCGGGCAUGCCAGGCAAGGAUGGCCGGGACGGCGUGCCAGGACUGGACGGCGGGAAGGGAGAGGCCGGGCGCAACGGUGCCCCGGGAGAGAAGGGUCCCAACGGGUUGCCGGGCCUUCCUGGACGAGCAGGCUCCAAAGGGGAGAAGGGAGAGAUGGGCAGAGCCGGAGAGCUGGGUGAAGCUGGCCCUUCCGGAGAGCCAGGCGUCCCCGGGGACAUGGGCGUGCCCGGGCAGCGAGGCGAGGCUGGCCACAGGGGCUCUGCGGGGGUCCUUGGCCCACAAGGCCCUCCGGGGGCCCCUGGCGUCCGCGGCUUCCAGGGCCGCAAGGGCAGUGUGGGCGAUCCCGGCCUUCCCGGCCCCCAGGGCCUCCGCGGUGACGUGGGUGACCGGGGCCCCGGAGGAGCCUCAGGUGCUAAAGGAGACCAGGGCUUCGCAGGUGCUGACGGCCUCCCUGGGGACAAAGGAGAGCUGGGUCCCAGUGGCCCCGUGGGACAAAAAGGAGAGUCUGGCAUUCGGGGGGAGCUGGGCCCCAAAGGCCUUCAAGGACCCAAUGGCACUGGUGGCGUGCAGGGCGUCCCCGGCCCCCCGGGGCCCCUGGGUUUGCAGGGCCCGCAGGGCGUCCCCGGCCCCACCGGGAAGCCCGGCGUUCCGGUAGGUGGCUCACCCACCGGCCACCCUGGCGCUCGGGGGCCCCCUGGGUAUCGUGGUCCCACCGGGGAGCUGGGAGACCCUGGACCCAGAGGAAGCCGAGGCGACCGAGGAGACAAGGGCGCGGCCGGCGCGGGGCAGGACGGACCCGCGGGGGACCAGGGGCUCCAAGGGCCCCCGGGUGUGCCCGGCACCAGCAAAGAUGGCAGAGACGGCGCUCCGGGGGAGCCGGGACUUCCUGGGGACUCUGGCCUUCCGGGUGCUGUCGGGGCUCAAGGCACGCCAGGAAUCUGCGACACUUCCGCUUGCCAAGGCGCCGUCCUGGGAGGGGGCGGGGAGAAGUCCGGUCCUCGGAGCUCCUGAAGGACGGCUGGGCUGUCAGGAAGCGGACGCUGCCUCCCGGGGGCAGCGCACAGCAGCCGUGCCCAGCGGGCCGCUCGCAGCCUGGUCAAUCCGGAGGCUUGCCCGGCCACCUGCCACGGCCCCCAGCUGGUGGCUCGUGGCACACUGCCCGCCCCGCUCGUGGCCAGCCUGCAACGCCUACGCUGUCCGUCCGCUCAGCCAGGACCGUGUGCCUCAGACACAGGCCCAGAGAAGGCCACUGGGAGCCCAGCAUCCGCGAGGGACGAGGUUGCAGCUAGAGAAUCUUGUUCAAUUCCAUGAACACACUCAGUGACUUGUUUACACAGCAUCUGCGUAAAGUCUGUGACACACCCCAAUAAAAUGAUACAUUCAAGUUCCAGAUUAGUAACUGACUAUAGUGUAACACAAAAAAUCGAGUGCACAACAGUCUAGUCUGCUUCGCCUGCUUUGCGG